UCUGGCUCCGCUCCUGCAGUUGGUGAGGCGGCGGCGGCGGCGGCGGCGUCUGCGCGGUGACGCACCUGAGUGCUGCGGCACUGGAGCAACCAUGGCACUGAGACGGUGACAGAUUGUCGGCAAACACCCCUCCAGACUCACGGAAACAAAGUAAAAGAGCACCAGUUAUUUGAGAAGUGCGUGAAGGGUAUAAAUGUACAGAUGAUCCUGGAUCAACAGAACUUAUCAAUAAAGAUUCUUCUCCGGAAAACACUACACCAUGAGUGAAAUAAAUAGUGAAACUGGAUUCUACAGUGUACAAGUUGGUGAUUCCACCUUCACGGUUCUUAAGCGAUACCAGUCAUUGAAACCCAUAGGAUCAGGGGCACAGGGGAUUGUUUGUGCUGCAUUUGAUUGUAUAUUUGAUGGAAGUGUUGCUGUUAAGAAACUCAGCAGACCUUUUCAGAACCAAACUCAUGCCAAGAGAGCUUACAGGGAACUUGUUCUUCUAAAAUGUGUAAAUCAUAAAAAUAUUAUUAGUUUGUUGAAUGUAUUUACACCGCAGAAGUCUUUAGAAGAAUUCCAAGAUGUUUACUUGGUUAUGGAGUUGAUGGAUGCCAACUUAUGCCAGGUUAUCCAUAUGGAGCUAGACCAUGAGAGAAUGUCCUACCUUCUUUACCAGAUGUUAUGCGGUAUUAAGCACCUUCACUCAGCUGGCAUUAUCCACAGAGAUUUGAAACCCAGCAACAUAGUAGUAAAAUCAGACUGCACUCUGAAAAUUCUAGAUUUUGGGCUGGCAAGGACUGCCUGUACUAAUUUUAUGAUGACGCCAUAUGUCGUGACGCGAUAUUAUAGAGCACCAGAAGUUAUCCUAGGAAUGGGAUACAAAGAAAAUGUUGAUAUCUGGUCAGUGGGGUGCAUCAUGGGAGAAAUGCUGAAAGGUUCUGUGCUAUUCCAAGGCACUGAUCAUAUUGAUCAAUGGAAUAAAGUCAUUGAACAGCUAGGAACGCCAUCGGCAGAAUUCAUGAAGAAAUUGCAGCCAACUGUACGGAAUUAUGUAGAAAAUAGGCCAAAAUAUCCAGGGCUUGGUUUUGAAACAUUAUUUCCAGAUUGGGUUUUUCCAGCAGAUUCUGAACGUGACAAGUUAAAAGUAAGUCAGGCCAGAGAUCUUCUCUCGAAGAUGCUAGUGAUUGAUCCUGACAAGAGAAUUUCUGUGGAUGAUGCCUUACAGCAUCCAUAUAUUUCCGUCUGGUAUGAUCCUUCUGAAGUAGAAGCACCCCCUCCACAGAUCUAUGAUAAACAAUUGGAGGAAAGGGAGCACACUAUAGAUGAAUGGAAAGAAUUGAUCUAUAAAGAAGUUGUGGACUGGGAGGAAAGGAAUAAAAAUGGUGUUAUUAAGGAACAGCCCUUACCUUCAGAUGCAGCAGUGAAUAACAACAACAGUCCCUCUCAGUCUUCCUCCAUCAAUGACAUAUCAUCCAUGUCAACAGAGCAGACUUUGGCUUCCGAUACCGACAGCAGCCUCGAUGCUUCAACAGGACCACUUGAUGGUUGCAGGUGAUCAGCCUCCUGACUUCAAACAUGAGCAUUAUCAGAAAGCAACGACUUGGUUUGAGUUGCUUUUAAAUUAAUGAAACCACAUUAUGAUAUAUAUAUAUAUGUGUUGCAUGUACCACAAACACAAUGCCUAUGGUUUACUGUAUGAUUGCCUGGCUUUGACACUCAUAAAAUUUGAAAAGGAAAUUUAUAAUGGAAUAUGUAUUUGUGCAAACUGCUCCCCCCAGCCCCUGAUUCAGGUGAGCAGGAUGUGGAAAAUCUGAAGAAUGUGUCCAUGAAAUGCACCAAACAUUUUGUCCUCAGUACUCACCCAUUUUUCUUCAUUGAAGAUUUUAACUACAUUCCAAAAAUUCUUAACAUAAUCGUCUGACAGCACUUUUAAAAUUUCUAGUAAUUAUUUUCUUAGCAUUUUCAGUAUGCUAUUGGUAAAUGAAUGAGAUCUAAAGAUGCAGUAUUGUGGAUUUUAGAUUGUCUCUACACACAUUAUUAAAAGUCAAUUAUUUCUGAAAUAAUAAUUGAUAAUAUCAAGCACGAUAAACUUUUUUAUUUGUAUGUAGUUGGCGUGAGUUUUUAAAUUUUAAUGAUCUGGAUUAGCAUGACGGUCUAGUUUGAGACCUUGUGAAAUGGAUUUUCUGAUUCGUAGAAUGAUCUACCUGUAAUUUGUUAUGCAAAACUGAUUUUUGCUCAGCUGACCAAAAAGGACGGAACCCAGCUUAAUCUGCAUUUUAAAGAAGGGAACAAAGACAAAUGGGUUUUAGUUACUUGAUUGUUAAGAGUUUGCAUGGAGUUGGAAUAAGGAUGUCAGUGUUGUUGAGGAACAGUGCUAAAACGUUUUUAGGAUGUUGAAACAAAGGAUUUUAAUGCAAGUUAUUUUGGGCCAGCAUUUGGGCAUUUUUCAAACUUUGUUGCAUUUGAACUAAGAAGCCAAUAUUAACACUUCAUGUGCCUUGUAAAGAUUUAAAUACUUGCAGAAUAAGCCAAAGGUUAUCCCCAAAAAACGUUUGACAGUGUGUAUCCCACUAGAGUAAACCCAUUAAAUCCAGUGUAAAUUGCAGUAAAAUCCAUUGCCUUAAGCUUGUGUGACAAUGACAAGCCCGUAUGCCUCAUGAAAAAUACACUGGAGGCAGGAAUUUCAUCUUGCUGUAAAACUGGAUUCUUUAAACCAAAAAUGAAUUAUUUAUUAUGGAAUGUACAGGCAAAAUUUCCUCUGAUCUGCAGUAAAAUUAUACACUAAACGCAAUGAAUUUAUUGGAACAUUGUACAUAUAAUAAGAGGAAAUCGUCCCUGACUCUUGUUGGGUUUUCUUUUGAAUCAGAAACGUCUGCUUACUGUUAUUUAAGGUGAGGUCUGCCUUUAUAAGUUACUUGAACAAAAUUGUGAUUUACGAGACUAACUGCAAUCUGUGGAAAGGUGAAAUCGUUUUUUUUUAUUCGAGAGUUUGUCAUGAAGACAUUUUUGAUUUUCAGCUAUUACAAAGCCGCUUUUGUCAGUUGGAAGAUAAAGGUUUUUAAACAAAAACUACAAGAAUUUCAAUGCACACAUCAAAUAGAAUUAAUCAUAAUUCAAAGAAUAGCUGACUUUGUACUAGGAGGUGGAGACAGUAUUUGAAUAAUUUAAUGUAUUCUGCUUUGCUCAGAAAUUACUAGUUAAGCAUUUGGGAAGCGGAGAAUGAAAACUUGCAAAUGCACCCUUUAGAACUGUGCUUUGUCGUUUGAAUAGCAUGUUUAGGAUAUUUUGGGUUGAAGGGAUGAUGCUGUAAUGAGUUUCCUGCUUAAUUAAAGGAGUUGGAGUCUAGAUCAAUAAACUAAUCUGGUGCUGACCUUAGUCACCUGGCUUUUAAUAAAUAGUGCUAUCAUUGAAUUAAGUGAACAAGUCACCCUUUGAUGGUGAAAAUCUAUUUCAUCUGCUGCCCUGCUAAAUUCUACUGUGGCAGGAUGUCUGAAACGUAGGUAGAUAACAUUUGAUAGAAUAAAUGAGGUUAAUGUAUUUCCUUGAUGGACAUCAGGAUAACAAAAUACAGGUGGCCUGUACAUUUGUGGGCAUUAUUCUAUCCCAUAAAUUGUUAUGGAAUUCACAAACGGUUUUAACUUUUCCAGAUUCAGGGGUAGCACGGUGGCGCAGCAGUAGAGUUGCUGCCUUACAACGCCAGAGACCCGGGUUCGAUCCUGACUACGGGUGCUAUCUGUAUGGAGUUUGUUCUCCCCGUGACCUGCAUGGGCUUUUCCUAGGUGCUCCAGUUUCCUCCUACACUCCAAGGAUGUACAAGUUUGUAGGUUAAUUGGUUUGGUAUAAAUAUAAAUUGUCCCCAGUGUGUAGGAUAGUGCUAGUAUACUGAGAUUGCUGGUUGGUGCACACUCAUUGGGCCGCAGGGUCUGUUUCCGCGCUGUAUCUCGAAACUAAACUAUAAAACAGAUCCAGAUUCCCAACCCCCCCCUCUUUUGCUGUGUCACUAAGGUAUCAAAAUCAAGUGUUUAAAAUUCAGUUUGCUAUAUUUUGCAAUUGAAGCCUAGAUUUGUAAAGUAAUCCCCGCAAUACUAUAUGCUCAUUUGAGAUCUUUAUCUUGGAUAAUUUUCUAUUAGCUAUCAAAAAUAGAAUUCUAGAAGUUAAAGAAGAUCAAGGAGCUUGUUUUGCUGCUUUCAGAUUUCAUCAUGAUAUACAAUUUUAGCACUUUUCCAUAAUAUUAGUUGAGAGUUGGGAAAUUUAGAUUUUAUUGUGUAUUCUCAAGACAAAAAAUGAUGGGAAAUAUUAUGUAACUGUUGGGUACAUAAGGGAGAGUUAAAAGAUGCAAGUGCAACAUUGAAGAAGCGAUUAGACAGGUACAUGGACACAAAAUAUUGGAGUAACUCAGUGGGUCAGGCAGCAUCUCUGAAGAAAAGGAAUGUGACGUUUUGGGUCGAGACCCUUUAUCAGACCUGAAAUGUCACCUAUUCCUUUUCUCCAGAGAUGCUGCCUGACCCACUUAGUUACUCCAGCAUUUUGUGUCUAUCUUCAGUGUAAACCGGCAUCUGCAGUUCCUUCUUACACACGGGUACAUGGAUUGGACAGGUUUAGAGGGAAAUGGGCCAAUAUCAGGCAAGUGGGCCUAGUGUAGAUGGGACAUGUUGGUCAGUGUGGCCAAAUUGGGCUGAAGGACCUGUUUCCACACUGUAUGACUGCACAAGCUUGGAUUGAAUUAAAGAUCUAAAUUAAUUGCAAGACAUUAAGGUCUGAGCAAAAUGUAGCUCAUAAAUUGUAAAAUAAAGUAAAUUGUUUGAAUUAAAGGUGGAGCAGUAAAUUAAUGUUAUCUGUAACUCCAAACCAUAGUAGUUUUCAGUUAUCUCACAAAUCAACUUGCAAAUGAAUUUCACAAUGAUUAAAAUCAAUGUUUAAGACUUUGCUUCCUUGCAAAAUAGAAUGAACUUGAACUGCGGCUUAUUUAAUAUUUAAUUUACUAAAAUUUAUAUAAUUAUUCCUGUAAAAAUAUUUUAAUUUUUAAUCUUAAUCUGUGCAUAACUAAUAUUUCUUAGUAUUACCAAUAGCAACAAAAUCAUAUCCAGAAAUGUUUGCUGUGAUAAAGUCUCAUUCCUACUAUGCAUAUAUGUCUGCAAAUUUGCUGACAUUAAUUUAAGGCAGGUUCACUUUGGUUUUGAUCACUUUAGGAAAAAGUUUACCCUCCCUUUGAUAAAUGUCUUGUUUCAUGGAGAGAAUUUAAUUUUUCCAUGAUGCACAAAUACCUUUGAAGGGGAGAGAUUUAAGAAGGACAUUGGGCAACUUUUUCAUUCGGAAAGUAAUCUGUAUCUGGUACGAGCUGCCAGUGGAAGCUACAGAAGUGAACACAAUUAUGAAUUUGAAAACAUUUGGACAGAUAUAUGGAUAGGAAGGGUGUAGGGGCAUGUGGGCAAAUGGGACUAGCCCAUUAUGCCAACUAGGUCAGCAUGAUCAAGCUUGGCUGAAGGACUUAUUUCCAUGUUGUAUAGCUCCAUGACCACUCGUGUUUUGUGAUCUAGUUUUAGUUCCAAGGUGAUAUUGAAACAAGAAAAUGAGAACAAAGUCUCAGUAAGUUGUAUUGAAAUAGUGCCUUGUUUUAUCAAAAAGGUUAAAAUUGUUUCAUUAAUUUAUUUUUUGAGUAGAGAUAUUUAGACAAAUGAUUAUUUUGCCAUAGUUUUAGGUGAUCUUUGUUUACCUCUGUUCAGUUGACAGCAGAUUAAAUCUGGCAUAAGUGAUCUAUCAACUGAAAUUUACCACAACGUGCAGAAUGAAAUGACAAAUUUAAAGAUGUUGUGGGAAAUGUAACAUUUUUGCUGUAAAGUAUCGAUGUUGAUUUGUCACAAGGUCUGACUUGUGAUGCAUGUUCAUUUGUUAAUUUGCUAGUCUUCUGUAGAAGCUUGCUGUAAAAUACUGAAUUCUUUUGCAAAUUUCAAUUUCUAGCUUUUGCUGCAAAACCAUGUGUCAUAUUUUUCUCUUGUUUCCAUUUGAAAUAUAUUUAAUUUAGUGAAACUCAACUGCUCACCUGGAAUAAUUAUGGGGCUUUACAAUUUGGUGUCAUUUUUAAAACAUUCAAUCUUUGAGAAGUAAUGUGACUUUGAGGCAAUGCUAUGAUAAAUUCAAGUGAUUGCAUCUUUCAGCAUGUUUAAUAUAUUCGUUGUGUGCCUAAGCCUCACGCUAGAUUGCACAAACUGCACAUUAAGGUGGUUUGCACAGAAACUUGAUUUGAAAAUGUCCUUAAAUUGUUUAGAAUGAUUGUGUUAAGAGUGGAAAAAAGAUAGGUGUAAAGCUUUUAACUGUUUGUAGCCACUGUAGGUGAAUAUGAAUAUGUUUGGUCUCUGUGUGCAUCAGGGCUUGACACUAAAUCAGAGCUAAAUUACAUAAGUAUCAAUGUUUUGUCAAUUUCAGGCCCAGUGCUACAUAAUACUGUGUACCAAUUGAAUUGUGAAUUCUGUGGUACUACCAUGCUUAUUUUGUGUCACGGUUGUCAAAUAAUAGCAGCGUCAAGGCCUGAUAUUUGCAAAGUGUUUUUCUGUUAAUGCUCUGAGUCAUUUCCAUUGAGUAAGCAUAAUGUUGAUAGAAAGGGCUGCUGUUAAGUACUGGUAUCCUGAAGCUGUUAAUGUUACAAGUGCUUUUAAAGUACUUACUUGAAAAUGUACUUGCAACCUAACCAGCUAUGUUCCAUCAUCUGCCUGUUACACGGUGUUUGUGCAAUAAGAGAUCUUGUAUAUAAAGAUUGUUGCCAAUUGACAUUCAUGCUGGAUUUUUUAUUUUGAUUUCAAGUUUGACAUUAGAUGGUGCUUUUUUUGUACUGACAAGAGUCCUGCUUUGUGUUUUUUUUUAAAGAAAAUAUUUUAUAGAUUACUUUGUUUUUAAAGGAACUAUUAUGAUCAGCUAACGUCAACUGCUCCAGGAUAUAGAAUGGAUUAAGAUAAAUCUGAAGGUUUUUCCAAAAGCAAUUUUACCUAAGAGCCUCACUACAGAGGAUACACAUGUGAAUGCAAAUAAAACUGUGGUCUUCAAAAACAUAAA